AUGUCUAAACCAUUCCGUCUCGGGAUCCUAGGCACAAACAUCCAAUACCUCCACAUCCUCCCAACCCUCCCAUCCCACUUCACCCCCAUCGCCAUCCAUCCAAACCCAGAACCAAACCAAACCACCAUCCCUAGCGCAUCCAUCGCAACAAUCCUCUCAAACCCGGAAAUCGACCUACUCAUCAACCUCCUCCCAAACCAUGAACAACACACCAUCGCAGCUCUUCAAUCCGGCAAACACGUCAUGGUCACAGUACCCUUAUCAAUGAGCAUCCCAAGCCUCCGACGAAUCCGAGACGCCAUCCAAAAAGGCAAAGCCUCUCGACCCAACAAAUCCUCACCAAAAGUCUUCAUCAGCUGUCCGCGCCGACACGCGCCCGCCUUCCAAAUCUUCAAAGAUGAACUCGCGGCCCUGGAUCGAAUCUACUAUGCGCGCUGUCGCAAUAUUGCCGGUCCAUCUACGCCAGAUCUAACCUUCGAGUCCUCGGCACUGGUCGAUAUCUUCGGUGAGGAUGUAACGGGUGAUCGCAUCGCGUUCUGUCGAUACUUGGCCACGUUGGGAUGCCAUGAUCUAUUGAUUAUGAGGGAGGCAUUGGGGUUUCCGAAUGCGGUUUCGAGCGUUGCGAUUACGAAUCCUUUUUAUACUGCGAUGUUUCAUUAUUCGGAUGAUAAGGGACAUCCGUUUACGUUGUUUUAUGAGGCGGGUGUGGAUGGGGUGCCGCGGAGUGAUGCGCAUGUUAUGGUUUAUGGGGCUGAGAAGACGGUUAGUUUGCAGUAUGACUUUCCGCGGGCUGGGGAUGGGACGGGGGGUUUUGUUAGGGUUAUUGUUGAGAAGGGGGGAAAGGGUGGGCAGGUUGAGAGGACUGAGACGGUUAGUUCGUGUGAGGAGGCUCAUGAGCGAGAGUUGAUGGCGUUGUAUGAGUAUUUGUCCGGGGAUGAGACUGGGGAGGAUGCGGUGAUGGAUUUGAGGCUGUUGCUGAUGAUUUUCGAACAUUACAAUCGCCAGUGUGGGACGAUCAAAACACCGCUUGGCUAA